AUGUGCCCACCAGUCCGGACAGGCACAUGCUACUGGAAGGACCACACUACUCGCGACAAGCAGAGCCUGGCUAAUAAGGGGCAAUGGGGAACGUCAACCAGUUCGCCUACUGAUCGCCAGGGAUCAGAGUUGUCCUUUAUAGCCGAAGAUUUAGUGCGACGAGCCCAGAUCACCCGUUCCGCUGCCUCCAUUCCGCUCCUCGGAAUCGGUGGUACAUACUCCGGUCGUACUAAGGGAAGCGUUCUCGUUCAGCUUCAAUCCAUACAUGACUCUGCGAAUUGUUCACUCCGAGCCUUUGUAUUGCCACGCCUUACCACCAGGCUACCGCCGUGUACCACAAGUUCCUCACCUUCACGUCAGAUUUCUGGACUUUCGCUCGCCGAUCCGGAGUAUUUUGUCUCGGGGCCGAUACAGAUCAUCAUCGGAUCCGACAACUAUCAUGCCGUGAUUCGACCAGGCUUGAUACCAGGCAAUUCAUCCUCGCCAACGGCGCAGCAAACUAUUUUUGGAUGGGUCCUCUGCGGCCCAAUCCCCGCGGCAGAAACACCUGCCUCUGCCCGAGCGCACCACUGCUCACCGGAUCACGAACUGCAAGGUCUCAUCGCCAAGUUUUGGAUCCAGGAGGAGCUACCGGAUGCCACCAGGGCGGCAUUGAACGAAGAGGAGCAGGAGUGUGAGAAUCACUUCUCGUCGACUCACUCACGGGAUGCCAAGGGCAGAUACGUAGUUCGCCUGCCACUAAAAUCGAAUCCAGGGUCAUUGGGAGAAUCAAAAUCGAAGGCUCUCGGCUGUCUUAGACGCCUAUUUCAACGAUUCUCUUCCGACGGUACAUUCCAACGACUUUAUGUGGAAUUUAUCGAAGAAUACCGAAACAUGGGACACAUGAUUGAGGCUGAUACCUCCUCCGCUCACACCCCUGUCCAUUAUCUUCCACAUCACGGAGUAUUUCGGGAGAACAAUCGUACUACCAAACUAAGAGUCGUGUUUAACGGAUCCAGUCGUACGAGCAACGGCCUUGCGCUCAACGAUAUUCUCCACCCAGGAGCGAAGCUUCAGACUGACAUUUGCGAUAUUCUGCUCUGGACCCGCUCUCACAAAGUUCUUUUCUCUGCAGACAUCGUGAAAAUGUUCCGUCAGAUUGCAGUCCACCCCGACGACUGGGAUUUGCAGAGAAUCCUGUGGUUUGGACCGGACCAACAGCUUCUCGCCUACCGGCUUACAACGGUAACCUACGGGCUCACUUGUGUGCCCUUCUUGGUGAUGCGGACCCUCCAGCAACUAGUGAGUGACGAAGGGCAUCGUUACCCCCAGGCGAUCGGCCCUAUGACCAAGGGCAGGUAUGUCGACGACAUCUUCGGAGGAGCCGACACACCCUCCGAAGCCAAGGAGAUCAUCAGGCAGGUGAUUCAGCUUUGCGAGGCGGGGGGACUUCCGUUGCAAAAGUGGAAUAGCAACUGUUCCGAACUUCUGCCUAACUCAAAUCAGGAGACAUCCGCCGACGUCGAGAUUGAGCCAUCCUCCAGCAAGAUUUUGGGCAUCGUUUGGCGACCAGGCUCCGAUACCUUGCACUUCUCGCCCGGUAUUCCAUGCGUACCCACCUUUACGAAAAGAGCGAUCGCCUCGGACAUAGCGAGACUGUAUGAUCCUCUGGGGCUAAUUUCACCAAUCGUCGUAAAAGCUAAGGUUCUUCUACAGGAGCUUUGGCUGUUGAAGAUCGGGUGGGAUGAGACACUUCCUACCGAGGUCCAAGAGAGAUGGUCUGCAUUCCGCCAGCAACUACGCCAGUUAGAACCACUUUCCAUACCACGAUGGGUCGGUAUUCUUCGCUCCUACGCUCCGAGGAUAGAGAUACACGGAUUCUCGGAUGCAUCGCAACUUGCCAUGGCGGCGGCUGUUUACACAAGGAUCCUGAGCGAUAACGAUACAGGUUACGUCCAGCUGGUGUGCUCCAAAACGAGGGUUGCCCCCCUCAAACGGCUCACCAUUCCACGACUCGAGCUCACUGCCGCUCUGCUUCUAGCUCGGUUGAUAGCCAGGACGACAAAGGCUCUGGAGCUGUCUGACACACCGGUCUUCUGCUGGUCGGACUCCUCAGUUGCCUUGACGUGGAUAUCGGCUCACCCCUCACGCUGGAAGGACUUUAUCCGGAAUCGCGUGUCUGCCAUCCAAGAGAUCCUACCAAACGGGUCAUGGCGCUAUGUGCCGGGAAAGGAGAAUCCUGCGGACCUUGCCUCAAGAGGCCUACUACCGGAUCAGUUGAUACACCGCGAGCUGUGGUGGAAGGGACCUAAGUGGUUAUCCGACUCCCCAUCUGCCUGGCCUUCCGCCGAAUAUAGACCUGCGCCAAGGUCGAAUUUGGAAGAACGACCCGGACAGGUUCUGAUGGCCGCUGCCUAUCGACCUCAGUACUGGGAGCUGCUUCACAAAUAUUCCUCCCUCACCAGGCUCCUGCGUGUUACUGCGACGUGUCGCAGAGUUGCAGCCUGUCUACGCAAGGUGCCGAAAUCCUCCCCCAUCGACCACCCCUUGACCCCGCUGGAAAUCCAGCUGGGCCGCGACCUGUGGAUUCGAACG